AUGACGUCUUUGUCAACUACCUCAGAAUCCUGGGAAGAGAAAGCCCGGCGCAAACGGGAAUCGAUACUAGCAGGCAUUCCCAAAGAAUGGCAGCUGAGCACUGGCGAUCUUGAACGCGCCCAGGGGCAACGAGACCUGACGGGGGCCUUCAUCAAUAGCUUCCUGACACCCGAGACGGUCGCCAUCAUUUCUCGCGAUCCUUGUGAAAUUGUUGCCCUUUUGCAAGAGCGCGAUUUGUCCGCUCUCCAAGUCGCAACCGCAUUUUGCCAAACCGCAGCAAUUGCGCAUCAGAUUAAUAAUUGCCUCCACGAACUCUUCAUCGACCAAGCCCUCUCACGCGCGAAAUACCUCGACGCGUAUUUCCAGGAACAUGGAAAACCUACCGGGCCGCUACACGGACUGCCAAUCAGUCUGAAGGACCAGUUCCACGUUCAAGAUGUCGACACGACAAUGGGCUACGUCGGCUGGAUAGGAGGAAAGCUCGGCGUCGAGGAAGAGGAGACGAGAACCUUCGAGAGCCAGAUUGUGACCGACCUGCGGUCUCUAGGGGCCAUCUUCUACUGCAAGACAAGCCUACCCCAGACGCUUUUGCUUGGGGAGACUGUCAAUAACAUCAUCGGCCGCACAUUGAAUCCACAUAAUAUGGGCGGUUCAGUUCGUAUACCGGCUGCUUUUUGCGGCGUAUUCUCUAUCAAGCCCACGCCAGAACGACUACCCUACCGAGGUGUGGCCAAUACCAAUCCCGGCCAAAAUACUUAUCGUUCCACCGUAGGGGUCAUGAGCACUUCACUCGCCGGCCUCGAGUUAGCUUUCAAAUCGGUGCUCGAAACAAAGCCCUGGCUCAGAGACCCGUCUGUAGUCCCCAUCCCUUGGCGGUCGGGAGAACUCGAAGAAAUUCGCUCCCAAGUAGAUUCCAGAGGUAACGCCACGGGCCGCCCGUUGAGGAUUGGUAUUCUAUGGAGAAACAUGUCUGUUGAGCCCCAUCCACCUGUUCGACGAGGUCUCAAGAUGAUUGCGGAUGCGGUACGUGAAGCUGGUCAUACCGUGGUAGAUUGGGAGCCGCCAAACCAGGCUACGGCGAAGCGGAUCCACGUCUCAUUUCUCUAUGCAGAUGGAGCGCAUGAUAUUCAUCAUCACCUGAAAAGGUCCGGCGAGCCUCUCCUCCCAGAGCUGCGCAAGUCUUUUAAGCUGCGUGACGCAAUCCCCUUACUCGAAUACCAAGACCUCACUCUCCAAGGGUUAAACUACGAGGCCGAAUACGCGGAUUAUUGGAAUUCAACAGCAGACGAAGAAGGCCACGUUGUGGACGCGGUAGUUAUGCCCGUGGCUCCGCAUGCCGCCGUCAUCCCUGGCAAGUACUAUCACACUGCCUACACAGAAGCCAUCAACCUCUUGAACUACAGCGCCGCUGUGAUUCCGGUCACCAAGGCUGACAAGGUCCUGGAUCCUAUUGAUAACACAUAUGUCCCGCUCAAUGCCAGUGACAGGCUAAACUGGGAAGCAUACGACCCUGAUAUUUACCACGGAGGACCCGUCGGUGUUCAGAUCGUAGGAAGGAAGUUUGAAGAAGAGAAAACACUUGCUAUUGCCGGCGUGAUAUACUCUGCCCUCCAGAGCCAAGCUGGUCGUCAUCCCUGA